AAUUGGGCCGAGCCCAAAUAUUUAUGGGGUACUUUUAGACGUGAAUUAUUUGAACAAUAGCGAUGGAGGUCCCAUGCGGAGCCCGUGCCAUCGCUCUCCCGCUCCUGCGCUGUCUUCGUCUAGCUGAUUCCGCUCUGGGGGAUUCAGUUUUCCCGCUGAUUCCGCGUGGAUUUGGUGUCGGUUGUCAAUUUUGGUUUGACUUAAUCGAGGCUAGCGAGGAUUUUCGUGUUGGUUGAGAGAUUUUCUCCAUCGGAGAUGGCAUCGGGGUCUCCGACGAUGAAUAAGAUCGAGAGGGCGCACCAAUUGUACAGGGACGGGAGGUACGCCGAAGCGCUGAAUUAUUACUCGGAGGCGCUUUCUGUGGCGAAGACCAACCCGCCGAAGAUCGCUCUGCACAGCAAUCGUGCUGCGUGCUACCUCAAACUUCACGAUUUCCAGAAGGCUGCGGAGGAAUGCACCUCAGUUCUGGAGCUUGAUUACAACCAUACUGGAGCUCUGAUGUUGCGGGCCCAGACGCUGGUCACUCUCAAGGAGUACCACUGUGCACUUUUCGACGUGAACCGGCUUAUUGAGUUAAACCCAACUUCAGAAGUUUAUAGAAAUCUCCAUGCCCGUCUCAAGACGCAGUUGUCACUUGCUACAAUACCUGAAGAUGAUGCGGAGUUUGAUGAAGAGAAUGAAUACAUAGAUGAUAACAAUGAUGAUUUGGAAGGUGAACAAGAUGAGGUAGAUACAGAAGAGUAUGGAACGGAAAUUGAUACAGCACCAGAAGAAAAUGAACAAAAUGAAUCCGAAACCAUCUCUCCCGCGCAAGAUAAAGGCAGACUGCAAACUGAUCAGCAGUCCUCUGGAUGGCAGAAAAUUCCGAAACCAAAGGGGCAUUCUCAACUUGAUUACUCAAGGUGGAACAGUGUUGAAGAUGACUCUAGUGAGGAAGAAGAUGACAGUGACGAUGAUGACGAUGUGGGCUCUCAACCUCAGUACCGUUUUCGUGUCAAAACUGUUGGUGUGAGGGCUGUAAAAUAAUGUCCAAAAUGUGGCAUAGCUGUGAAGACCUCAAGCAGCUUUGUGAACACUUUUAAAGUGUUCAAAGCUCUUGACAGAAAGGAUUGUGUCAUUCAAUCUCCUGCUUGGAUCUUUGCUAUAAUGUACUUAUUGGAAUCUGAAAGCCAUUGCAACCGAAACAAGAGAAGCUAAUAGGGCUUCUCGAUGCCAAGGGGACACUGGAUUUAAAAAUCUCACGACGAAGCUUACUAGCGGUUAAGUUCCAUGAUGAUGUCUUGCCUGUGCCUGUGCAAGUUCAUUGCAAAGCAGUGCCGAACAUAGCGCGUCAUUUGGAUGUGUUUUCCUUGCAUCACUCUCUGCAUAUAGAUUUUCACAUUUUGUUCUUUUAUUCUACAUGUGGCAUAAUUCAGAUGUUUUAGACCAGAUUGGCGGCACAUACAGGGUAUUUUUGCACAUCAUUAUCUUUCCUAGGUCAUGGUGUCGAGGUAAAUAUGUUGUUAUUACACUCAGUUUUAACACUGUAUUCAUCUACCUUUACCUUCAUGAAUAUGCUUUGAAUUCA